AUGAUGACGAUGACUGGCCGUGUGCUGCUGGUGUGUGCCCUCUGCGUGCUGUGGUGCGGUGCCUGCGGUGGUGAACGAUCUGAAACAACUCCAGGUUCUUCGGGUAAUCCGUCCGAAAAUGAUCCUAAAAAAGAAAAAGUGGCCGUCGUUGGCGCUGAAGGAGGUGACGAAAGCGGUAAACCGGCAGCGCCACAAGCACCAGCAUCACCAACGGGGUCAGGAUCACCGGAAGCGGCACCGGGCCCGUCACCGGCAACAAAACCCGAAGGAGAAGCAUCAGUAACGGCAAGUCCAACGACGGAAAACAAGGGUGGAAAUACAGAAGGUAAAAAGGAGGAAGAGGAAGAGGAGAAACAACAAGAAGACGAAGAGGAAGAAGUGGAAGAGGAGGAAGACGAAGAGGAAGAGGAGGAAGAGGAAGGGGAAGAAGGGGAGGAAGAGGAUGAUACGAGAGAGAAUGAAGAGGAAGAAACAAAGAAAGAAGGAGCUAUUACCGGCACCACAGAGGGGAUCUCAGCAGGCGGUGGAGAGCAGCCAAGUUCAUCUUCUGCUGCAGAGGGAGCAUCGAAUAUAACAAAUCCCAACAGCACACCAACAACUGGAGACGAUGAUCCAGCAGCUGAUGGUGCAGGGACAAGAGAAGAAAAACAAAGUGAAAAUAAAGAUGCCAAUCCGAAAGAAACACCAGUGACGGCCGCAGCCAUGAAAACUGGCACAGCGACGCCUGGCGACAGUGACGGCAGCACCGCGGUCUCCCACACCACCUCCCCUCUUUUGCUUCUUCUUAUUGUUGCUUUUGUGGCUGCUGCUGCGGUGGCCGCGUGA